AGGUAGUCAUAUGGAAGCGUGCCGCUCUUAUUUGGGAAACGCGUGAGCGGGAACCUCGCGCUAGGAGCUCCGGUGGCGCGCGAGGACGACUCAAACCCGCAAGCUGUAAUUUAAAACAAACUUCAUAAGGACCUAUCCGAAACAUUUUUUUUUUUUUUUGCCGGUGGCAUUCGCCUGCAUCUCGCCGAGGGAGAUGUAGAUUGGAUGCAAUUAAGCGACGCGUCACCACAGACAGCCCAUGAAACCGCAAAUCAGCAACGUUGAUCGUUUCGUUUCAUUUGGCGUCUUUGAGGAAGCGACGCGCGCUUUACCGCCGAACGAGGGAUUUACGGUGACAUUUCCAUACUGACAUCGCCAUUCGGAUGGACUGCUGUCUGGAUUCAUCUACGCUUAGACUCGCUUUGGCUUUCGAGAUGGGUUAUUUGACCUCACUGUUACAAAUAGCCGCUGCGGUCCAGUUGAGCCUUUUACCUGCACAGAGUUCUUCAUUAGUAAACGUAAACAACACAGCUAAAGUGAUGCUGUUUCAAGAGGUUUGGGGGAAAAGCUUCUGCCGCACUAUAGAGAAGCUAGUGGAAGUGGUUCAGGAGUACCCCGGGGAGGUGGAGCACAUUUUCAGCCCCGCCUGCGUGCCAUUGGUCCGCUGCGCUGGUUGCUGUGGCGAUGAGAAUCUGGAGUGUCACCCUACACUUACUUCUAACACCACCAUGCAAUUAUUAAAGAUUAAGCCAGCGGAGCAGGGCCAGGAAUAUGUGGAGAUGACCUUUGUGGAGCACAAAGCCUGUGAAUGUAGACUAAGGAAACCUACAAAGAAACAAGACAGAUUGAAACCCAGAAACAGAGGUAGAAAACGGAAGGAGAAAAAGAGAGGGAAAGAGUGUGACACGUGUCAGCCUCCCCGCAGGUAAACGCCGUCUCGCCGUGAUGCCAGCCAAUCGCGCGCGUCUGCCCCCUUCUGUGCGACCCUCACCGUCAUCAUCGUUCACUUAUGGAUACUGCCACUGCUCUGCACCCCUCCAUCCCAGACGCAGAGUUGUUAUGGCGAUGGGUUUCCGUCAGCACACGGGUGGGUGGGGGUCCUUGCAGUCAUCUAUACAGGAAACUCCUGUUGUGCGGCUCUCUACAGAAGAAAAACAACUGAAGACCAAACCUAAAUUCUGAGACUGAACGAAACCCUAGGGACUUGUAUUAUUAUAAUAUUAUUAUUUUAUUGUUUAAUAACAGUAGUCGUGAAAGUAAUAAAGCGAUAGUAGUGGUUUAGCUGCCAGGCCUUCCCUGUUUAUUUAUUAAAAUCCACUGAAGUAAAAGUACUGGUUCAUUCUAUUAACCGAUAGGCCUAUUAACAAAGCCGUUGUAUGUUUUUUUUUUUUUUUUUCGUGAAUCCAGAAGGAAGCGCAGAACAAAAUACCAAAUGUCAUCUUUUUGGAUUGUGUAUUACCGCUAUGCUAAGACUAUAUUACGAUUUACUAAUGUGAAAACCAUGUUAGGAGGUGUUUUAAUACAUAGCGCUUUCUGUUGACGUUCUGAAGCUCCUCCGUGGCUUCGUCCCUCGACUUGAGCAUUAAAACUCACAUACUGACCUCUAGUGGUGAUAAUAAUAAUAAUGAAUACGUUCACAAAGCGCUUUUCGGUAACAAAGAUCUGAAAGCCAUCCCGUUAUGAUAUGUAUUACUGUAAUAUUUCAACUAAGGCAAAAAUAAAAGCGUGCACUGUGUAAAGACAAAGACUCGGCUCUUAAAGGGACAGUCAACAGGAACCGAGACAGACGUUCAUCGCGAUGAACGUUGGUGCUUUGUGUUAUUGUUUUGUCAGUGAAUAUGACUGAAUUUCCCCACACUUUAGACUCUUGGGUCUAUAAAAGUGGCGGGAUUAAACCAAAGAAGCAUUAUUAUCGAUGCUGCUGGCCCUAAAUAUAAAUACAUUAGUUUUCACCAAAGGGCUAUUCCCAAUGUACAAAAUGUUGUAUGUUUUUUCAAAACAUUGUUAAUAUGUAUUAAUACCAUGCGACUUUUUAAGAGUGCCUUUCUAAUAGAGUAAUUAUUGUUUGCUAUUUCUGAAUAUUAUUAAAAAAAUAUUUUG